AUGGCGUCACCUCGUGAAGAUGAGUACGAUUACUUGUUCAAGAUCGUGUUGAUCGGCGACUCGGGUGUCGGCAAGUCAAACUUGUUGUCUCGGUUUACGCGAAAUGAGUUUAAUCUCGAGUCUAAAAGCACGAUUGGUGUUGAAUUUGCUACUAAAUCCAUUGUGGCCGAGGGCAAGACCAUAAAGGCACAGAUUUGGGACACUGCUGGACAGGAACGAUAUAGAGCAAUCACCAGCGCGUACGUUAUUAGUUUAAAGUUACUCUUACGGUUGCAUGGCACAUUUGAGAACGUAGAGCGUUGGCUUAAAGAAUUGCGAGAUCACGCUGACGCCAACACAGUUAUCAUGCUGGUAGGUAACAAGAGUGAUCUGCGCCAUUUGCGUGCAGUGUCGACAGAAGAGGCCAUGGCUUUUGCAGAAAAAAACAACUUGGCGUUCAUCGAGACGUCGGCUUUGGAAGCUACAGGUGUUGACACUGCAUUCCAGCGUAUUCUAACCGAGAUCUAUAAGCUUAUGAGUCGUAAGACCAUUCAAGCCGAGGAAAAUGCGACAGCUACUUUGCCCACAGGUAAUAGCAUUGCAAUCACGGCCGAGAACACUAGUGAAACUCAAAAGAAAAAGAAGAAAAGCAGUUGCUGCUAG